UGCAGGGAAUACGGAAACGCGUUCACAUCUCGCGAGAAUACGAACGCAGUGGCGCCAACAAACAACAAGUCCAUCGUGUCGUAGCCGGUCCUCGUCUCCACGACAGAAUUUGCUCAAACUUGUUCCGCCCGAAACAUUUUUUUUUUAAGGAGAAACUAUGUCGGACCCUCCGUCCGACGACGGCAGCGACGCCAUCCACGACGACGGCCAGGACGUGAUGACCCCGGCGGAGCUGAUCGCUAAGCUGGAAGAGGCUUGGCUGAAUGAGAAGUUCUCCCCGGAGCUGCUGGAGAACAGGUCGGAGGUGGUGGAGUGUGUGAUGGAGCAGCUGACUCACAUGGAAGCCAACUUGCAGCGGGUAAAAAAAGGAGACGCCAAGGCCAGUAUGCACCGCAUGGAGAUAGACAGGAUCCGCUUUGUUCUGAGCAGCUACCUGCGCUCUCGUCUGCAGAAGAUCGAGAGGUUUUUCCCUCAUAUCCUGGAGAGAGAGAAGUCUCGAGGGGAGGGAGAUCCCUCUCUGCUCUCACCCGAGGAGUUCGCCUUUGCCAAAGAGUACCAUGCCAACACAGAGACCUACCUGAAGGCCGUAGCACUGAAGCGCAUGCCCCCCAACCUACAGACAGUGGAUAUGCUCAAAGCAGUGCCUGAGCCCUGCCUGGACUCUUUUGUGUUUCUGCGGGUGAAGGAGAGACAGGAAAACAUCUUGAUCGAGCCUGAAACAGAUGAUCAGAGAGAGUACGUCGUGGAUAUGGAAGAGGGCUCUCAGCACCUAAUGCGGUAUCGAACCAUAGCACCACUUGUGUCAAGUGGAGCUGUUCAGUUAAUUUGAAUGGUCUGUGUGUCGGUGUGGACGGCUCCAGGUGAUCUCGGACGGGCUGUUUAACCUACAGAGAACACAACAGGAAAAACCACACGAGACAUUUGUGCUACCAUGGCUUCAGGCGAUGUAAUUCAGUGGAAAAAACAUUCACAGCAAAUAUAAAAUCACUACUUAUGAGAAGUGAAGGCUGCGAAUGAACCCGGCUCACCACGUCAGCUUCUGCAGUGCCGUGGUGUUAUUUUUGGACCUUUUUAAAUCAUGUCAAAACAGAAGUUUGGUUUGACAAUUCCAAUGUAUUCUGGUGUGUUUGGGUUUGUGAGACUUGUAAAGACUUUUCAAGACUCAAUUUUAUCUGCUGUUUCAUCAUUCCUUUUACUUUCUAUAUCUCCAAUGACUUCAUUAUUGGAUUUUUUCCCUCUGCUACUCAAUAACGGGCCGCCAUCAAACGGGCUGAACUUUCAAUCUUGGCUUCACAGUGCCUACCACUUAAAGUUGCAGGUGUUCAUUUGUGUGCGUAUUUGAAAGGAAGUUGUUUAUUCUGUGAUAUUCACACUUAAUAUGUAUACCGUCAUUAUAAAUAAUUGUAAACCUGUUGAUGUUUUGAUAAAUCCUGUGCACCAAA